AUGACCAUCAAAUCUGGACUCGACUACAUCCGCUCUCGCUCCAUUGUCGACUGCGACACCAUGGACGAGCAAGGCACUCGCCAAAACCCUUGGUCCCUUCCACGACUGCACCUCCAACCAGCAAUAGCCUACAACGAACUCAUCAAGCCCGAACAUGCUGAGCUUCUGCACUCCUCUCUCACCCAAGCCAAAGCCCUCAUCCAAGAAUACCCCGGUCUAACCAUCGAAGAACUUGCCAUCGAAAUAGCAAUGAUUUCCCUCUCCCUAAGAAUCGCCCCCCACAUCACCGGCCACAUCCACAUCCAAACAAACCCCUACUACUCAUACUCCACCGAAAAGACCAUCGUCAACGCCCUCCGCAUAGUCAAACUAACCCACCACCUCUCCCCCACCCACCCCCAAUCCCACAUCUGCAUCAAAAUCCCCAGCACCUGGGAAGGUCUCAAAGCAUGCCGAGUACUCGAACAAGCCGGGGUCCGAACCCUAGCCACAACCCUUUUCACCAUGCCUCAAGCCAUCCUAGCAGCAGAAGUAGGAUGCACGUACAUAGCACCAUACGUGAACCAACUGAGAGUCCAUUUCGAGCCAGGCUUCAAAGACCCCUCCCCCCUCCUCCACUUCAGCGCCCUGGCCCAGAAAUAUUACGCCUCCAUCGGAUCCCAAACACAGGUAUUACCCGCUAGUCUGACGUCCACGAACGAGAUCUUCGCGUUGGCGGGUGUACAGCACAUUACUAUCGCACCGGGAUUAUUGGAAGAGUUGGCCAAGCCGUUGGAGGGGAAGGUACCUGUGGAGUCGUUGUUUGAUUCCCCUGCUGUGGUGGAGGGGGCUGUGCCGGGUAAGGAAGUGUCGUAUGUGAAUGAUGAGUCUGGGUAUCGGAUUGCGUUUACGAGGGAUGCGGGUGGGUUGAGUGAGGAGAAACUUACUCAGGCUGUGAAUAUCUUCUGUGAUAUGCAAGACAAGUUGGUUCAGGUAUUCAAGGGGUUGAAUUGA